AUGCAUUUCGAUACAAGACUAUUGAUUCGAUAUUUACUAUUGACAAUCAAUUUAAUUAGUUGCUUUUGUCAACAUUCGGAUGAAAGUAGUUAUUAUUCAUUAAUUGAAUUUCAUCGUGGUGGACCAUUAACAACUGUGAUAUUAUCAUCACCACAUGGUGGCUUUCUUGGCGCUAACCUAAGCUCAAUUCAAAAAGGAAAAUCAUCAAUUAAUGACAUAUCAAUCGCACCAUUAGUCCAACUACCUAUCGGUGGUUGUUAUAACAAUACUUUAGAUCGUUGUGUCUAUACAUUACGAGAUUGCUUAAGAUCAGAUGGGAACAAUGGUGAUCAAAUGUCUUUUCAUCCUGAUGCACGUUGUAUUAUUGACCGAAGUUCAACAUCAGCUAUGUAUUCAUUAACCAAAGCUAUUGCUGAAGUCUUUCCAUUGGAACGUCGUCCGUAUACAAUUUUAAAUAAAUUAACUCGUCAAUACGUUGAUCCAGCAGAAGAUUUACUCGCUGGAACAUUUCUACUCGAGAGUGCAACGCGUGUUUAUAUGGAUUAUCAUCGUUUAAUCGCAAUUUCCAAAGAAGCAAUACGUUCAUCAUCAGCGAGUCUUUUCAUUGAAUUCGUUUUUCAUAAAAAUUCACAAACUGUUCAACUUGGCUAUGGUUUCGACAUAAGUCGAUCAUCAGCUAUAACUAAACCGUCCCAAUCAACUAUCAAUGAACUUAUCUCUCGUUCAGGUUCGAAUGUGAUCAAAGGCAAUCAUUCGUUGGCUUACUUCUUACAACGGAAUGGAUUUCAAUUUGUCGUUCCCUUGGAACAACAACGUCAAAGUGUCCAUCGCACAUCCACUCAUUCCACCCGAACACAUGCGGAUCAACGAUGUAAUACGAUCGUAUUUUCAUACCCAAUUGAACGUUUAAGAACUCAUACUCUCAAAUUAGAAGCAAAUCGUAUCGCUAAGGCUAUCGAACAAUUUCUCCAAACAAAUCGUUUUAAAUCGAAUUUAUCGAUGUGUUUAUCUUUGACCAAUCCUCUCAAUAUACUAUUCUUGUUAUUCUUCUCACAAACCUUUCUCUAUUAUGUAUAUUUAUGA